CGAAAUCCGAGCCGCCGAAAGGAGGCUCGCGCCACAACCAGCCAGCCUCCUCUCGAUGCAGUUCUCCACGAGCUCUUUGUCCGCGACCGGUUGGAUGACGACACGCACUUGACUCAGAUAUUCUCUCAGGACAAUUCGUCUCCAUUGACCUUCUUAUUUCUUAGACCAAACCUGAAGGCAAAUAGUCCCGUUUAAAAAGACAACGAGGGAAUAGAGGAGGAGCUUCAUCACCAUUACAGCAGCUGCCAGUGUUAGCUAAAACAUAAGCACCGUGUCCUUGUGUGGGUCGGCGUGUUUUUUUUAAAAUUAAUUCAUUUAUUUUUAAUGUAAUUUUUUAAAUUAUUUUUUUAAAACUGUCGUUAUUAACCGAGAGUAAUGACGUUUCACGCUGGACUGGCGCACAGAGCAGACUGGCAUGGAGGCGAAUGUGCGGCGACAGCCGUGGAAGUACUCUGAGCAGCCUGAAACCACACUCUCCGCAAUGUUCUGGACGUUCGGGAGAGACAACGCAGCACAUAAAUAACACCAGCCUAAAAGGGAAUCUUUUCUACGUCUCGAGCAACUCCACUGCCAAUCCCUCCAUCAUGACCUCGCCAGACUCGCCCCCUCUUGUUUCCCCUUCCCCAUGUCCCGCUCCCCCUCCGUCCCUCCCCACGUCUCCUGUGCCAUCCUCCCCCGCACCAUCCUCCUCCUCCCUUCCAGUCCCACCCUCGCUGCCUCCCACGGGGGAGGUGAUGGUCCUGGCUUUGGGAAGGAAGAAGCAAAGGGUCCUGAUCGUUCUGUCCAUCCUUCCAAAUCUCUUCUUGGCCUUCCUGCUCUCCUGCGACCCCCUCAUCACCCUUUCCUCGCCACACCACUGCCACGUGCCGGGGCCUGCGCCGUCGCCCGAGGUGCUGAACGUCUCCCUGCCCUGGGAGAAGGGCCUGAGGCCUGGAGACAGCAAAGAUCUUUCCCAGUGUAAGCAGUAUGCCAACGGGAGCCAGUCGGACGUGGUGGACUGCCAGGCCGGCUGGGACUAUAACGUCACGGAAGGGCUGAGGAACAACAUUGUAACUGAGUGGGAUCUGGUGUGUGGUCAGUACUGGCUGGUCCCCGUGGAGGAGGUGUGCUUUAUCCUGGGAGUUCUGACCGGGUGUCUGGGCCUCGGUUUUGCUGCUGACAGAAUUGGCCGCUCCAAGACCUUGCUGACGUCACUCACUCUGUCAGUUGUGUUUGGCGUUCUGGUGUGUGUCUCUCCGUACCCUUCCGUCUUCAUCGUCAUGCGCUUUUGUCUGGCGGCUGCGAGCGCUGGUGUCUACCUCACCCUAUACAUCUCUCGCCUGGAGUUGUGUGAGCCCUCACUGAGGCUGAUAGCUACCGUACUGGCAGGGCUGAUGACUGUGUCUGGGGAGCUGCUGCUGCUGGCAGUGGCUCUUGGCUGCCACUCCUGGAGAGGUCUGCUGGGAGCUGGUGCCGCCCCACUAACACUCUUCCUCAGCUAUGGUAUUCCUGGAGUUUUUCCAGAGUCUCCUCGGUGGCUCCUGCUGUCUGAGCGACAUGGAGACAUGAACUCCUUCAGCGAGAGAAGAAACUCAAACAGAGAUGUGAGGGAUGACGAGAGCUUCACAGAGCUUGAUUCGGAGCCAGCGGCCUCUUCACGUCCACAUCUAUCCUUCCCGGAGCUCUUCCACAGUAGGAACAUCUGGAAGAAUAUUUGUGUGCUCGGCUUCACCUCAUUCAUCUCUCACGGCAUCAGCCACUGCUACAGCUCUUUCCGAGGUGAUGUCAGAGGCACGGCACCGAGCUUCUAUUGGACAUACCUUCUGUCUGUGUGUGCCGGGGGCGGUGCCUGGGUUUUACUGUGGGCGACCGUCGACAGGUGCGGUCGCCGUGGCAUCCUUCUGCUGUCCAUGACUAUGACGGGCCUGGCCUCCUUGAUCCUCCUGGGACUCAUGAAGUAUCUCAGCGAGACUGCCAUCACGGUUUUCUCCGUGAUGGGCCUCUUCUCCUCGCAAGCUACAGCCUCCCUCUGCAUUCUCUUCACUGCGGAGAUCAUGCCCACCGUCAUCAGAGGGACCGGCGUAGGUGCUGUGCUCGCCCUGGGCUGCGUGGGGCGCCUCAGCUCCCCGCUCAUGGACCUGAGGAACCACUACGGCUACUUCCUGCACCACGUGGUCUAUUCCUCUCUGGCCCUGCUGGCUGUGUUGUCCAUACUGCUGCUGCCCGAGAGCAAGAGGAAGCCGCUGCCUCAGACUCUGGCCGACGGCGAGCAGUACAGGCGUCCCCCGCUGGGUAGGAGGAGGCGGGACAACGUGCCGCUGUUGGCCACGCCCAACCCAGAGACCUAACCGAGCCCGACAGAGUAGGAGGGGGCAUGUGCAAUUCCACUGGAACACUUGCAUCCAUUUAUGUUGAUGGAGGAUGGAGAGUACAGAUAAAAGGGCUGUAAAGAUUUUUUUUUUAACUCGCGUUCAAAUCCUCCUCUCUUUGUGGCCCAGCUUCCUCUGGACUUCCUAUUUAAACACUCCAGGAAGUCUUUCGUUGAUCGGCGCGCGCAGCCGCCCUCGGAGGGUUGCUCCCUAGGAAGCGCAACACCGUAGCCCCUGGCAUGUGUCAUGUUUUGUUGUUGUAGCUCAACACUUGUUCUCUUUUAAUGUCAUGUACGUGAACUGACACUUGCCCCAUCUGAUGUAGAGCACAGUUCUCAGAUGUAUACUGUUACACACUAAGGUGUUGUUUGCUGUAAAUACUUUCUUGGUUUUUUUGAAGUCUGGAAGUUGCACACUUCAGUACGCUUUGUAGAGGAGAUGGUGUGGCGUGGAGCACUGUGAUACAAUGCCUUCAAAGUUAAAGGAGGGUUGCCCAACUAAACACUUGUACUGCACUGCGCAAUCAGUACGAGGAAUCAAAUUAAAGUCUGCCAAAAGUGUAAAUCUAGCCUGGAGCCAGAUUAUUUAUAUUUUAUGUAAAUUGUUAUUACCCAAAAUAGCCUGAGCAGUACAUAGUCUCUUAAGUUAUGGUUUAGGCAUUGAGGCAAAAUAUGUCGGAACAUUCCUUUCUGCAUGUGUGGAAACACUUUGAAGGCCUUUUUAUGUCCCCCCCCCCCUCCCUUCAGAAGCUUACAUUACAGUACAUCUUUAAAUGAGCAGUCUCAGCAUAGACGUAUGAAUAAAAGUGGAGUAAAAACGGUGACGAAUAUACUGUAAGCAUACUGCUGAAUGUCUGUCAAUGCUGUAAAAAGGGCCCGAUGAUGAAGCUCCACAGUUGCUACUGAAAGGCCCUCCGAACUCCUUGUUAUUCCUCUGACUGUUUUCUUGCUCAUGUUGAAUGUAGUGACCGCAGUCAAAGCGUAUGCUGGUGGGCUUACUCGUCCCAAUUGUAAAGGGAUCAUGAAGAUGAACACUUUUACUGUUACUUCACAUUUUAGUACUUCCUCGGUACCUUGACUCUAAUACUGUGUCUGAAAACACUGAUUGUUCAAUGAUGACCCAGUUAACUCUGUAACCUGAUUUCACGUCGAAUAAAAUUGGUCCCUUCAGCACUCCCCUUCUUGUGUUGGCCCUCC